UCCUCCACCGUCUGUGAACUGCCACGACGAGGGCCGGGGCACUGUGGGUUGCCGGUACCUACGCGCUAGGGGAACGGCCGGCAAAUCCCUACAGCCGGUGACUGGCCACCAGAGCCCUGCCCGUCCUGAGCUGGGUGCAGAUGUCCCCAGGCCCAGCGCAGGGGCUCAUGCUCCGGGCGGUUAUCUGCCGCCGUGGUGCCCGAGUGCCAGGCUGGCGGGACCGUGGGCCUGCUCCGGGAGGGCAGGGGAGGAGGGCCCCGGAGCAGGGCUUCAGAAGCCCCCCGCUCUCCUCUCAGGAAAUGUGUCCUGUCGGCGUCUGGUUGCAGCAGCCUUGCCGCUCUUUGUUGCAGUUGGCUACGCCCUCCAUCCAGCUCACAAAAAACAGCCUCAAAAACAACCAUUUCCUCUCUGCCGAGGGGGGGACACACGCGCGCGCCGCACACACACAGACGCACAGGCACUUCCCCGCAGCAGGCCCUCUGCCUUCCAGGACCGGCUGUUCCGUGGAGGAGGCACAGGGCAGGGGCUCGGGCAGCCAGAGGCUGAAGCGCUCCGGCACAGCUGAACUGGCCCGACUCGGAGCCCGGCUGCUGGGUUUGCUCCGAGGAGCUGGUUCUAGGGAGCCAGGCGGGACAUACCCCCACGUCGCCGCCCGCCUCUCCGGUGGCUCACGGGGAGGAGAGGCCUAGCUUCUCAGGAAGACGGCGCACGCACCACUCUGGACUGUUGCUGGCGCCCCGGAUCCCUCCCCGGGAUGGGCGGAGAGGCUGGCUGCAGCUGGGGCCUGGCCCUGCUCCAGGUGCAGGAGGGAGGGUAAGGACGGGCCCAGGUGGGCUCACCGGCACCUGUCACAUGGGCCUUCCAGACGCCUCUGAGAAUGAGCGGUGAUGUCCUCUAGCAGCCCCUAGCUGGUCUCGGCUCUCCCUGGCCACAGCGACUGACCGGGGCUGGGACUUUCUCCAGGACAAGCGGACGGCACCGGCAGUCAGCGAUGACUGUUCAGAAACUGGUGGCCACAGCAGUGCUGGUGGCCCUGGUCUCUCUUGUCCUCAACAACGCGGCGGCCUUCACCCCCAACUGGGUGUACCAGACGCUGGAGGACGGGCGCAGGCGGAGCGUGGGGCUGUGGAAGUCCUGCUGGCUGGCAGAUGGGACCCGGGGAGGGCCGAGCCCCGGGGCCCGGCUGGGGCCGGCGGACGCCAGAGACUGUGAGGCCCUGGGCUGGGGCUCCGAGGCGGCAGGCUUCCAGGAGGCUCGAGGCACCGUCAAACUGCAGUUUGACAUGAUGCGCGCCUGCAACCUGGUGGCCACGGCGGCACUCGCUGCGGGCCAGCUCACCUUCGUCCUGGGUCUGACGGGCCUGCCCCUGAUGUCGCCCGAUUCACAGUGCUGGGAGGAGGCCAUGGCCGCCGCGUUCCAGCUGGCGAGUUUCGUCCUGGUCAUCGGGCUGGUGACGUUCUACAGAAUCGGCCCGUACACCAGCCUGUCCUGGUCUUGCUACCUGAACAUUGGUGCCUGCCUCCUGGCCACCCUGGCAGCCGCCAUGCUCAUCUGGAACAUCCUUCACAGGAGAGAGGACUGCAUCGCACCCCGGGUGAUUGUCAUCAGCCGCUCCCUGACCGCGCGGUUCCGCCGAGGGCUGGACAACGAGUACGUGGAGUCACCGUGCUGAGGGCCGCUGGGGGACACCUGCUCAGGACUUUCUCCACUAUAACCAAACAGCGUAGAAGCCGCAGGGCUGUCCGUGCGGGCCAUCCGUAGGGUUUCCCAUAUAUACAUGUACGACCCACAGCUACGUUUACUACGUUACACAUAAGCAUAUUACGUGGUUAUAUACCGCCUGCGCCACGCUCCUGAUGCGCCCACCACUGGGCUUCACUGUCCGCACGUUCCAGGAGGAGAGCAGCUCCUCAGGUGCAAGGAUGGCAGCCAGCUCACUCUGCGCCUCGGUCUAGGAUUAAUUUAUUCUCUAUCUGCUGAGGGGUGGGUCCUCGGUCACAUUUACUUUGGUAAAGCAGACUACCCGGGAAGAUUUUCCGGAACGGUCCGUGAUCUUCCUCGAGUGACUUAGAAUUUACAACCAGAUGGCUACGGUUUUAUGACAGGACUGUGUCAGUAAUGUCCGUUUUGCUCCUGAUUAUUUUUCUAAGUUAAAAUAAAAUGCAAACUUCCCAC